UUGUGGCAUUUCAUCCAACGUCCCUCUGCCCUGUGCACCUCGUUACUGUCUCUCCUCCUGGGCUCAGCCCCCAAAGAUACCUCAUCCUCACCAUCUUCCUCACAAAUGGCCGACAGCAAGGAGACCAAGACCGCGGGCCGGCCGGCCGCCCGAAAGCAGGCCCAGAGGGAGGAGGCUACGGGGCAAGCGGUGGGGGCCCCGGCAAAGGGGACAGACCCGCAGGGAAAUGGAGAGACCCCCCAGCUGCCCACGGCCGGUGAGGAGGGGGCAGAACUGGAGGGCGUCCCAGAGCUACCGCCCUUCGAGAUUAUCAGGGGGGACCGGAUGGACCCCUUCUUCUUCAAGUUUCAGUUUAAGAAUGUGGAAUAUUCCUCAGGCCGCAACAAGACCUUCCUGUGUUUCCUUGUGGACUCACAAAGCAGCAAUGCCGUGCUUCAGCGAGGCUACCUGGAGGACGAGCACGUGGGCAGCCACGCCGAAGAGGCCUUCUUCCAACAGGUGCUCCCGCAGUGCGACACCAAUCUGAAUUACAUGGUCACCUGGUAUGUGUCGUCCAGCCCCUGCACUUCCUGUGCCGCAAAACUGGUAGAGAUCCUACAGGCCCGCAAGACACUGCGUCUCGCCAUCUACAUAGCCCGCCUGUUCAUGUGGGAGGAGCCUGAGAUCCGGGCGGGGCUCAAGGCGCUAGCGGCUGCGGGCUGUAAGCUGCGCAUGAUGAAGCCCUUGGACUUUACAUACACCUGGGAUACCUUCGUGGAGAAUGAGGAGCAGAGCUUUGAUCCUUGGGAGGACUGCAAAGACAACUACGAAUACUACCAAGAAAAGCUGGCUGAGAUUCUAGAGUAACAGGAAGUUCUGCCCCCUAUUUGUAGUCCUCCAGUAGAGGACAACUCAAUACUAUUAUGAAGGCAAAACAUGUCGCCUUUCACACGGACAAAUUCUGGAGUUUUAUCAAUUCAUUUAAUAAAUUAUUUGCUCAUCCUACACUUGGCUGUCUCUAAUCUAAUAUAGUUUAGUAAAACGAAAGUUUUGAAGAAGAGUGUUUGAUCUGAAAUACUCUGUCAAGUCACAGUUCGCGAUCUGACAGACAACAUUUAUUUUUUCUUGGGACUUGAAUUGUUAAAUAAGAGUAAUUCCAGGGUGCUGAGAAUGAAAUUCCUUCGAAAGCAGUGUCGUUUACAAUGCUGUCUGAAGAACUGUGGGGCAGUUGCAACAGUUUUCAGUUCAAUGUAAGAUAACAGAUGCGUAUGACGUGUAAAGAUAUAUCAUGUCAUGCAAACACUGACACAGAGUUUUUUCCAGUUAGUUGUUAGGUUUGUUAUUGUAUCAUGUACUGAAAAUGUCUUUCUGACCUAUGUAACUUCUUCCAAAUGCCACUGAUAGGUGGUUAAUUAUUUCUGGAUGUGUAUACGCAGGGUGUGGAGUGUUGUUUUUCACCACUAUAAAAGCCACUGAUGUGUCCUUGAGUGUUGAUGUCUGAAUAAUGUCAUGGAAAUUGUCUUUGAGGAAUAAAAGACCUGACCAGAAAUGAAGGA